AUGAGGAAAAAUAACAAACAUUUAAGGUGCAUUUGAUUAAAACUUUAUUUUCAAGAGAAGGUGCAGGUACAGCUGAGCACAGGACACAUCAUCUACUGAAGCUGGUCAAAACAUUCUUCACCUAAACGGCUGCAACAAGAGUGUAGAUAUGUCUGCUGCUGCCAGCUGUCUGCUGACUGAAGAUCAGUUUCUGUGCUCCAUCUGUCUGGAUGUGUUCACUGAUCCAGUCACCAUACCAUGUGGACACAACUUCUGCAAAACCUGCAUCACUAAACACUGGGAUAAAAAUGUCCCCUAUCAGUGUCCCAACUGUAAAAAGGUUUUCUACACCAGACCUGAGCUGCAGGUGAAUACUUUCAUCUCUGAGAUGGCUGCUCAGUUCAGACAGUCAGCUCAACAGAAAGUCAGCAGCAGCAGCUCAGAGCAGCAAGUUUCUAAACCAGGAGAAGUUCCCUGUGACGUCUGCACUGGAACCAGACUGAAGGCUCUGAAGUCCUGCCUGGUGUGUCUGGAGUCCUACUGUGAGACUCACCUGCAGCGUCAUCUGACAGUGUCAGGCCUGAAAAGACAUCAGCUGAUCGACCCUGUGGAGAACCUGGAAGGCAGGAUGUGUCUGAAGCACGAUAAACUGCUGGAGCUGUUCUGUAAGACCGACCAGACGUGUGUCUGCAUGCUCUGCACUCAUUCAGACCACAAGACACACAAUGUUGUUCCUCUGAAAGAAGAAUAUGAAGGAAAGAAGGCUGAGCUAGUGAAGACAGACGCUGAAAUUCAGCAGAUGAUCCAGAAGAGACGACUGAAGAUUGAGGAGAUCAAACACUCAGUGGAGCUCAGUAAGGAAGAUGCAGACAGAGAGACAGCAGAUGGUGUUCAGGUCUUCACCGCUCUGAAGGAGUCUGUUGAGAGAAGCCAGGCCGAGCUCAUCGACACGAUCAAAGAGAAGCAGAGAAAGACAGAGAAACAGGCUGAAGGCUUCAUCAAAGAGCUGGAACGCCUGAACGCUGCUCCACCCACCAAAGACUGGACAGAAGUCACCGUCCGUCCAUCUUCAUAUGAGGGGACUGUGGUGAGAGCUGUGAAUCAGCUGGAGGAGACGCUCAGUAAACAGAUGAAGAAGCUGUUUGAGGCUGAGCUGAAGAGGGUCCAGCAGUCUGCAGUGGAUCUGACACUCGAUCCUGAUACAGCACAACCUGCUCUCAUCCUGUCUGAUGAUGGAAAACAAGUUAAAGAUGGAGAUGUAAGGAAGAAACUCCCAGACAACCCAGAGAGAUUUGAUAUUUGUACUUGUGUCUUAACAAAGCAGAGUUUCUCUUUAGGAAGAUUUUACUAUGAGGUUCAGGUUAAAGGGAAGAUAGGCUGGGAUUUAGGAGUGGUCAGAGAGUCGAUCAACAGGAAGGGAGUCAUCACACCGUGUCCUCAGAAAGGUUACUGGACAAUAUAUCUGAGGAAUGACAAUGAGUAUGGUGCUUGUGCUGUCCCUCUAGUCCGUCUCUCUCUGAAGUCUCGGCCUGAGAAGGUGGGGGUGUUUGUGGAUUAUGAGGAGGGUCUGGUCUCCUUUUAUGACGUUGAUGCUGCAGCUCUUCUCUACUCGUUUACUGGCUGCUGCUUCACUGAGAAACUCUACCCAUACUUCUGUCCUGGUCCUAACGAUGCUGGUAAAAACUCUGCCCCUCUGAUCAUCUCUCCUGUCAAUCACACUGAGUAGAACAACCGUUUGAUUUUCCACAAAAAACAUUUACUAUCAGUUAAUGUAAUAAAUGUAUACUUACUGGUUAUGUAGUGUGAAUAUAGUUGAUUACGCAGAUUCUGAUCUGUGAAUGUUUUCCCCACUUUAAAUGUAGUCUGUUUUUAUUUUAGUCACUGCAUUUCCUGCCUUCAAGACAGUUCAAUCAUCAGAACAAUGUUCUCAUAAAUAAGAAGCUUUAAAUGUCUGGGAGCAAAGUUCAAAACCUUUUAUUGUCUGGUCAUUGUUUAUAUAAGAAGUGUUUCAUGUUGACACAAAUUACUCAAGAACGUGAUAUGUAACCUCUGAUAUGUUAAUGGAAUCUUUUCAAAAUAAGGUGUUUUAAGGGUUUUAUUUAGUACCAUUUCAAAUUAAAAGACACAGUAAAGGAUCUCUUUCUGGUGUGUUUCAGGGGAACAUUUCGUACAUAUUUGUUCAUAAUUAAUUUAAACAUUAAGAAAAUCUUAUAUGUAACCAUUUAGCUGCAGUAGUUUUACAAAUCAGAGAAAAAAUGGCUCAACUAUCUGCUGUGUUAUUUUUAUUUUGUGAAUAAAUUCUGUAUAAAUGAAUCAAAAAAACUCUCAACUCCAUUAAUUUUUAAGUACCUCAAAAUUGUUCCACAUUUCAAGGAUUUUUUUCCCUUCAGUUUAAUCUUCCUGCUGUUUGUGUGAUUAAGCUCCAUUACACAGU